AUGCUUAUUAAAGAAUACCGUAUUCCAGUUCCUAUGUCCGUCGAUGAAUAUCGUAUUGCACAAUUAUAUAUGAUUGUGAAAAAAAGUCAAGAAGAAACAAAUGCACCUGGUAGUGGUGUUGAAAUUAUUAAAAAUGAACCAUAUACAAAUGGACCAGGUGGUAAUGGACAAUAUACAUUUAAAAUUUAUCAUAUUGAACGUCAUUUACCAGCAUGGUUUAAAGCUAUAUUACCAGCAAAUGCUAUGAAAAUAGAAGAAGAAGCAUGGAAUGCAUAUCCAUAUACAAAAACACGUUAUCGUUGUCCAUUUAUAGAACGAUUUAUACUUGAAGUUGAAACAUGUUAUCAAGCUGAUUUUGGUACACAAAAUAAUAUAUUUAAUUUAAAAUCACAAGAACUUGAACAACGUACUGUUGAAUUUCUUGAUAUUGUUCAUAGUCAACCAUUAGCUGAUAUAGCUGCUGAAAAUCCAGCUUUAUUUCAUUCGGAGAAAACAGGACGAGGUCCAUUAACUUCAGAUUGGUUUGAACAAAUGAAAAAAAAUGCACGUAAAGAAUCAAUUAUGUGUGCUUAUAAAUUAUGUCGAGUUGAAUUUCGUUAUUGGGGAAUGCAAAGUAGAUGUGAACGUUUUAUUCAUGAAAUAGCUUUACGUAAAACAAUUUUACGAGCUCAUCGUCAAGCAUGGUGUUGGCAAGAUGAAUAUCAAGGUUUAACAUUAAUGGAUAUACGACGUUUAGAAGAUGAAACUCAACAUGAAUUAAAUAAACGUAUGGCAAAUUUUCAAAAUCAUAAUUGUUUACCAAUAACAAAUUCAAAUAUGGAAAAUGAAAAUAUAAAACCAACAACAUCAUCACUAUUAGUUAAUGAAAUAAAUCAACCAUUGUCAGAUAUACGAAAUCGGAAACACUCUAUAGAUAAUAUGAAUGCUAAUAGACCAAGAAUUAAUUCAUUUCCUAUUCCACCAUUACCACGAGAUGAAACUACUGAUGAUGAAUAUUAUGAUGCUGAAUCUCAUAUUGAUGUUAUACCAAAUUCACGUUCAUUACGAAGUCUUAAACAUUCAAUAGAUAAUAAUGAACCAAUAUUGUCAAAUUUUGAUGAUGAUGAACGAACAUAUGUUAAUUCAUCAUUGGAUGAUAAUAAUAAUAAAUGUUCAAUUGAUUUUCUUAUUUUAAUUUUUUAUGGUGGUAAUGUUUUUUCAACAGAAGAAUCAUUUGAUAGUGCAAAACAAACUGAUUUUCUUAGUUUUCGUACAACAUUUGAUAGUGUUAUACAUAAUCAUUAUUCACGAUUACAAGGAAAAACAGCUAUACGUUUUGUUGAAUGUCGUUCAAUAUGUAUUGAAACUAUUAAUUUACUUAGUAAUUUAUCACCAUAUAGAAUAACAAAUCUAUCUUAUGAUAUAACACAUAGUGAAACAUUACCAAUAAAUGCUAUACCAUUAUUUGCUAUAUCAAAUACAAAUUAUCAAACUAUAUUAAAUACUGCUAUUGAAUCAGCAAAUAAAGUUUAUCAAGAAUUUUUAUCAUCAAAAGAAGGAAAAUAUUUUUCUGGACAAGUUAUUGUUAUUGGAGAUGCUAAUGGAGCAAUUUUAGCUUAUGAUGCAUUAUGUUUAAAUCAUAAUUUUGAUGAUACAACUUCAUUAUAUGGUGAAGAUGGUUCAACACCACGUACUCCAGCCUUAACUAAACGAAUAAUAACAAGUACUCAAAAUGAAAAUAAUGAUAUGACAUCUGUUCAAUCAUCAAAUCGAACAAUAACAAAACGUAUAACAACAAUUGAUAAUCCUGAUAGUGGUGAUAGCAUAUCACGUACAGGUGAUAAUCUCCGUGGAAAACAAGAUAAUUAUGGUUUAAUGUUAAUAUUUAAUGUUAAUGAAUUUUUUUCAUUUGGUUCUCCACUUUCACUUAUACUUGCAUAUCGUAGAUUACUUACUGAUAAUGUUGUUCGUCCAUAUUGUGGACAAUUGUAUAAUUUAUUUCAUGCAUGUGAUCCAAAUGCAUCUCGUAUAGAACCAUUAAUACAAUCCGAAUUUAGCCAGAUACCAUCUUGUUGCAUUCCUCGUUAUUCACAAUUUCCAUUAGGUGAUGGUGAAUCAACAUUACUUGUUGAAUAUGUUCAUCAAUAUUCAAAAUUAUUUUUAAAUAAUGAUUCAAAAAGUUCAUCAUUAAUAAAUUCAGCUCGAUCAACAACAAAUGAAAAUAAUUUAAUUAAUACUGAUACAAUUUUUUCUAAUAUUCGACAAAUUUGGUGGGGUUCAAGACGUGUCGAUUAUAUUGUUUAUUGUCCUGAAUUUUUAAUGAGUCAACCAGCACAUGUUUUACCUAUUGUCUUCCAUUCAAGUUAUUGGGAAUCUCGUGAUGUUAUGUCAUUUAUUUUACGACAAAUUACACGUAAUCAAGAAAAUUAUCUUUUAAAUAGCAAGAAAACAGAUAAAAAUCGUUCAUUAUUUGCUUCUGAACAAAUAACUGAACGUUGGUUACAUCGUUCAACAGCUGUAAAAAUUCGAAAUUUAGCUCCAAAUCAUCGUGCAAAUGAUAUUAUAAUUGUUGAUGCUAAACCACAAACAAUUUCUGCUAAAUUUCAUUAUGGACCUAUUGAUAUGGUCUGUUUAGCUAAUGAAAAAAUUAAUAUUUAUGUUAUGAGAUCAGCUCCAUAUGGUGAAUGGACAUUACUUGAUACUAUUGAAACAGAUACACAUGGCCGUAUACGUUAUACCAUUCCGAUCGAAAAAAAAUUAUCAUUAGGUUUACAUCCUGUUAAACUUGUUGUUCGUGGUGAUCAUACAACAGUUGAUCUUUAUUUAACUGUAUUACCACCAAAAAGUGAAGCAGUUCUAUUUAGUAUUGAUGGUUCAUUUACAUCAAGUUUUUCUGUUAGUCAUCAUAAUCCUAAAGUACGUCCAGGUGCUGUUGAUGUUGUUAGAUAUUGGCAAGAUCUUGGUUAUAUUAUUAUAUAUGUAACUGCACGUCCUGAUAUACAACAACGUCAUGUAAUUCAUUGGCUUGCUCAACAUAAUUUUCCUCAUGGUUUAACAUUAUUUAAUGAUGGUAUAUGUCGUGAACCAAUUAAACAUAAAGCUGAAAUGAUAAGAAAUCUUGUUGAUAAUGCUGAUUUAAUUAUUGCUGCUGCAUAUGGUUCAUCAAAAGAUGUUCCAGCUUAUCAAUUAAUUCAUGUACCAGCUGAACGAAUAUUUGUUGUUGGAAAAGUAAAACAUCGUUUACAAGGACAAGCAUGUUUUAUUGUUGAUGGUUAUGUUAUGCAUUUAGCUGAACUUUCUAAACCUGGAACAAUACGUCCAUCAAAAUCAAAUUCUCGUCAUUUAAUACGUCGUGCUUGUUUUAAUAUACCAAAAUUAUUAACAACAUCAACUGCUCAAUCAUUAUCAACUGUAAAUUCUACAACACAUCAAUCAAUAUCACCAACAUCACAAUCUUAUACAUUUUCAAAUUAUAAUUUAUUAAAUGAUACAUCUUUAUCAACAUAUCGAAGAACAAGUUUACAUGAUCAUUUAGUUGUUAGUACAUUUCAAUCAAAAGAAGCACCAUCAAGAGGUAUAUCACCUCGUAUGAUUCGUAAUACAGGAAAAAAUAAUGUUUAUAAUCCAGCAUCAAUUGAAAAACUAUAA